AUGGUCUUAUUACGAUCAAGGGUUCAUCUUGAUCAGCUUUCUCUGGUUCUCAGCUUACUCUGGUUAAUUGCUAGCCCACCCCUCGUUUCCGGUCACUUUAGACCGCCGCCGACAUUCAGUUACAAUGGAGGGCUACUCCUGACGGGCAAACUCGACCUUUCAAUCUUCUUCUAUGGUGCAGUUGGACGCACACAAAAGCGUGUGAUUAGGUCUUUCAUCAAGUCGCUGAAUCAUGGUGGUGGCACCCCCAAGCCUAGGGUAACAUCCUGGUGGGAUAUGAUCGAGAGCUACCAAUCCACUGCUUCCCCGGAUCAUACUGCCCCCAAAAUCGCAGUCAAAGUGGUGAGUCAAAUAACUGAUAAUAGUUACUCCCUUGGAAAAGUGAUCACCAAAGACUUCAUAAAGUCGAUGGUCAAGACGGCCACCGCCGGGAAGCCUCCUUCAAAUCUUGUCGUCAUCUUUACCGAUAAGCAAUGUGCUGUCUCAGCCCUUUGCAGGGGAAAAUGCUAUGAUCAUGGAGUUAUUGAUAACCAGCCUUAUCUCAUCGUCGGAAACCCCGAAGUCGAGUGUCCCGGUGCUUGUGCCUGGCCCUUCGUAAAGUCCAACUACGGCCCUCCAGGCAUCACCCUCAAACCACCAAACGGCAACCCCAUGGUCGAUGCCAUUCUAGUCAACUUUGCUGCCGGUUUGGCUGCUGCUGUCACCAAUCCAUUCAAUACCGGAUUUUCCAAACCAGGACCCAAAACCUGGCCGCUGGAGGCUAGCACUGUUUGUAAUGGUAUAUUUGCAAGAGGGGCGUUCCCAGGGAAUCCCGGCAAGGUGGCGUUGGACGGGAAAUCCGGCGGGGCGUUCAAUGCUCAUGGAUUGAAUGGUAUGAAGUUUUUGCUACCUGCGCUGUGGAAUCCAAGAACAUCUUCAUGCUGGACACUGAUGUAG